AUGCCAAGUGAUAUUUUUAUGUCAUUUCAGAGAUAUUUCUUGUAUGACGACAAAAAGAUCUUUAGUGUUAUUGUGACAGAAUGUAAAAAGGACUUGACAAUUUUAACUAAAGGGAAAAUAGUUGUGAAUUCACCACUUUUGUAUUCAAGAAGCUCGCAUCCCCUCGGGUGUUUUUUAGACAAACGUUUUAUUUAA